AUGAACCAUCCUUUGUCGUUAAGUCUCACGAGAACAUACGUGGAAAGCUAUUUUGCUUUUACCAAACAGCUAUUGAAUCGACAUCGGAUCAGCACAGCCGUGGCACUUGCUGUUGUUGGCCUGUGCAUUUCCUUCUCCAACCUCGCCAAAGGUCCUCGCAAUACACGUCAUAUUCCAAGAGUUGACUUUAUAAAGUAUGUGCGUUCCAUUUUGGCUAAGAAAUCUCGGGAACAAAUUGCUCGAGAAGUCAACCUGCCAACUAUACUUGCAUCAGAAACCGGUCUUUAUAUGGGUUAUGAUCAAAAUCAAUGGUGCCUUCAUAUUGCCAUGCCUAAGCAUGUUAAACAUGUUCUCAUGAACCAAGAGCUAUUUCCCAAGGGCGAUGGUAUCACUACCCGUAAAAACACUUUACUAGGUCGCUUUGCCUUUGGUCCCAACCUUGUCACUUUGGAAGGAGACAAAUGGAAGCAACAUCGUAUGAUUGCCAAUCCCGCCUUUCGACGUUCAAUGCCGGUGGGCAUGUUUGGCAACCUCUGUGAAAAGCUGUUUUCAGUCAUGGGUGCUAACGAUACAAAAGAUUUCCGUGGUUUGACUGAACGUUUUGCUCUUGAUGCUAUCGGCUGUGGUGGAUUUGGAUUUGACUUUAAUGCCGUGCUCGACAAGAAUAGCCCCUGGGUGGUCAAGUACUUGGAUAUUAUCAGCUCUGCCUUUGACCCAUUCUUCCUUGUGUUUUCCUUUUUCGACAAGAGAUUGCGAUUCCUUUUCCCCUCGCGCGUACGUGCUCAUGAGCAAUUAUCCGAGUUUUUGUUGAAGAUGCGUGAGAUUAUUGAUUACAAACGUCGCACAUUGGAAACAUCAAGGGAUACCAUCAAAGAUACUGAGAAGGAUUUAUUGAUGCUUAUGAUUGAAGCUGAGAAAGAUGGGGAAGCAGCUUUAACAGAUGACGAGCUUAUGAGCAACCUUUGUGUAUUCUUUAUUGCCGGACAUGACACAACAGCUAAUUCUAUGGCUUGUGCAGCGUACUAUCUCGCAAGGAAUCCAGAAAUUCAAGCCAAAGCAAGAGAGGAAGUGAUCCGUAUUUUGGGUGAUGAGCCAAACCAUAUCUUCCCUAGCAUCGAGCAAACUCGUCAAAUGCAUUACAUCACCAUGAUCAUCAAAGAGACAUUGCGUUUGAAUCCACCCCUUCCCAAUGCAUCAUUUCGAGUGGCAGCACGAGACACAGAAAUUGAUGGCGUGUUUAUCCCCAAAGGCACUCGCAUCCAAGUCGACAUUUACGAAAGUCAACACAAUCCUCGCGUAUGGCAAGAACCUGAGGUCUUCCGCCCUGAACGAUUUGCAGCUGAUGAUGAAGCCGAUCAUAUUGAAGGCUUUGGAUGGACGCCUUUUGGUAAUGGUACCAGGCAAUGCAUAGGCAUGAAUUUCAGUUUGACUGAACAACGCGUAUUCUUAUCCAUGUUGCUGCGUAAAUAUGAAUUGUCAUUGCCCAAAGACACGAUUCAUGCGGAUGGUAUUGUGACCCAUGGUAUGCCCGUAUCCGCUCCUCUCAACAUGCAAAUCACAUAUAAAAGUCGCUACUAG